GUUUCGGUAUUUAGUUGUGACUACACCGCAACACUAUUGUGUGUGUACUGUGUACACAAGUGGCAAAACAUAAAUAAAAUUUAAGUAUCGAUGAUUCACUUUUCCCGGUUCGAAAUCAAAACAAAAAUAAAUCAAAUAUUUAGCCUCCAAGUAAUUGAUAGUAAACCAAUUGGUUAUGAAUGUGGAUUAUAACAAUUAAUUGAGAACAGAAGGGAAUUUUAUAAACAAAAUCGAAUUUGAAUAGUAUGCUUGUGUGAAUCGUGAAGCAAAGUAAAUUCACAAUAUAAUCGGAAACUUUUUGUAGUUGUAGUGGAUUUUCAUUUAUUUAGAGUUGUUCGAUAAAAACGUAGAGUGAAACUGUGACAACUAAACUAAACGAUACGUGAAGUGAAUUUUCAUUGAAAAAUGAUACAAAUCACAAGUUAAUAAAAUUGGAAUUACCGACAGAAUAAUAAACAGUAUACAACAUUUGAUUCAGCAUGCCUUCGGCCGAAGAUGACCAUCCGGAAAAAUAUGGUGAACCACUGACGUAUGAUAAGAAUUUUAAAGGACCUCUCUCGAAGCGAUCCUGCACCGAUGUAAUUUGUUUGCUCAUUUUCAUUGCAUUCUUAGCAUGUUGGGGAGUGGUUGGAUAUUAUGCAAUUAAAAAUGGUGAUCCUGAUCGACUCCUUGUGCCAACCGAUUCUCAAGGGCUGAAAUGUGGCGUUGACUCGGAGGUCAUUUCGAAGCCAUACCUUGUUUUCUUCAACUUAGAAAGAUGUAUCGAUCCACUGGUGCCAAUAAACGGAUGUCCCACACCGCAAGUGUGCGUUGAAAAAUGUCCAGACUCAAUUUUUAUUUACGAUCAAAGCACAUGCAGUGCAAGCAAUUUGGAGUCGAUUAAGUCCAAGUUGAUUUGCAACCGGAAUGUGGACAUUAGAACAAUUCAAAGUUGUACGGCAAUAACUGAUCUAAUUAAUAGUGAUUACUGUGCGUCAUGGUACCUUCCCAGUGAAUCAUUUUUGAAGCGUUGUAUAUCGGGCAUGCCAUCAUCCAUUUGUCCAUUAAUUCGUCCACGUUACUUACAACGAAGUCGCCGAGCUUUGGUUCCCACAAAUUACCUGAAUGAAACGGAUGAUGAACAUCCCCGUUUCGAGGACAUGAUUAUCAUGGAUCAAAGGGCAGCCGUUAACGAGCCAAAGGCGUCAUGUUCUGAUAGCCGGAAAUUAGCCGAGGGAUUCAUAAAAGAGAAAGUGGAAGGUCAGAAGAUCGUAGAAGAUAUAAUCAGCUCCAAAUGGCACAUAUUGGUUGCACUAAUAAUUGCCAUGGUGUGCAGUUUGAUUUUGAUUGCAAUGAUGCGGUGGUUAGCUGCUCCUUUGUUAUGGUUGUCGAUCAUCGGAGUGCUAGUUAUGCUCGGUUUUGCAACGUUCUACAGUGUCACAAAAUUUAUUCAACUUCGAGACAAUCCAGUCGAAGUUAUGGGUGGAUACAAUAUCGCAAGUUUAGUGAAUGAAUAUCUUGCCAAAAAGGAAACUUGGCUCGUUUUGUCCAUUAUUAGCGGGGUAGUUCUGCUGAUCAUCUUUUUGAUUGUGAUAUUUUUACGGAAACGAAUCGUCAUUGCUAUUGCAUUGGUGAAAGAGGGAAGCAAAGCUGUCAGUUCAACGCUCACAACAAUAUUUUUCCCAAUCUUUCCAUGGGUUUUCCAAUUAUUGGUUAUUGCAUUCGCUGUUACCGUUGGGUUGUACUUAGCUUCGGUUGGGACACAAGUUCAUACAGUUGUGGGAUUGGAUACUAAUUGUGUGUGCUCCGGUCCGGCAGCUACCUAUGUGAAUGGUGGUGUAUGCGAUCCGAGAACAUUCUCUGAAAAUUGUCAUCCCACGUCGGCGGUUCUGUCCCGGUUCUUGCGACAAAGUAACGACAAUCCAUGUGCCAAAGCUGCUUGCCAUUUCAAGAAAAUUGAUAAUCCAUACUUCAUCAGAUACUUUCACGCCUGGAACUUUGUCGGCUUCUUCUGGGCUGUAUUCUUUGUAUCAGCUUUCGGCGAAAUGGUCUUGGCCGCUACAUUUGCCACCUGGUAUUGGACUUUCCACAAGUCUGAUGUGCCGUAUUUCACGCUGACUCUCGGCCUGGGUAGAACGGUCCGGUAUCAUUUGGGAACGUUGGCGUUCGGAUCGUUAAUCGUCGCCAUUUGUCGAAUGAUUCGUGUGGGUUUGGAGUAUCUGGAUCACAAGUUGAAGAAGUACGACAAUGCAUUCGUUAAGGCGAUACUUUGUUGCAUGAAAUGUUUCUUCUGGUGCUUGGAAAAAUUCCUCAAAUUCAUCAACAAGAAUGCGUACAUUAUGUGCGCGAUCCAUGGAAAAAAUUUCUGUGGCAGUGCUAAGGAUGCCUUUAAUUUGCUGAUGCGCAAUGUGCUACGAGUAUUCGCAUUGGACAAAGUCACCGACUUCCUGUUCUUCCUGUCCAAAUUGCUGAUUACACUCGGUAUGGGAGCAUCCGUGUACUUUUAUUUAGAAAGUGAAAUAAAUACGCACCGAUUGCACUAUAACUACGUUCCGGUUGCUAUCGUUAUGAUUGGAACGUAUUUGAUCGCUACGGUGUUUUUCGGGGUUUAUUCAAUGGCUGUGGACACGUUAUUCUUAUGUUUCCUCGAAGACUGUGAACGAAACGAUGGAUCUGCAGAAAGACCGUAUUUCAUGUCGUCAGGUUUAAUGAAAAUUUUAGGUAAAAAGAACAAAGUUUCCAGAGAUCAGUACAAAUGAUUUUGAGCAUAUAGCAAAAUGUCGACAUCACAAACACUACUUGAUCCUGAACAAAAAACAUGAAACUGAAAAUACUGAACACAAAAAGCCAACCAUUUUUUUUUAUUGAAUUGUUUUUGGAUGGAAAGAAUUCUUUUAUGGAAACGUUAUUGCGAUAAUCGUAUUAUUAUUAUGGAACUGUAAUUUAUUCAUUUUGCAUUGAAUUUUAUUUAUAAUUUUUCUCAAACCUUUUUUAAUGGAAAAAUAGUAGAAUUCAAAUCCAUCAAUGGAAUCCAACUAUUUUUGUCUUAGAUUAAUUAUCAAAAAAAAUCUUUUAUACAAAUAAACAAGACUCGUUAUUGAGGCAUUU